AUGCAUAAUAACCAAGCUUACACAGAGUUCGGCACUAAAAAUAUUGGCCCACAUAAAUGGUGGCAUCAUCGUUGGGCUAAGAUUAUUUUUAUCUCUUUUAUUGUUCUAACAAUACUUGCAGUUACCCUCUCUCUAGUGUUAAAAUUCGCCGUUUUUCGACCGAAGAAAUCAGAAAUCACGACUACCACUACAACACCACCAUUAACAACAACAGCACCAACAUCAUUAGCAUCAUCAUCAACGAUACCUACGACCACAACUCAGCAGUCUAGAUGGGCUUAUACUGGUAACAUGAAUUAUGAACGAGAAGACCAUACAGCAUGCGUAUUAAUAGAUGAAAAAGUGCUAGUUGCCGGUGGACGGAAUGAUGCUGGUUCUCUGAAUACUGUUGAGCUGUAUGAUCCAUCAACAGGAUUUUGGACAAUGACUGGUAGCAUGAAUAUUGCACGAGCAGAACACGCAGCCUCCAUAUUAACAAAUGGAAAGGUGUUAGUUACUGGUGGAGAAAAUGAUAUUGGUGAUAUUCUAAAUAGUACUGAGCUAUAUGAUCCAUCAACAGCAACUUGGACAAUGACUAGUAGUAUGAAUACUGCACGAAAAGAACACACAGCCUCCGUAUUAACAAAUGGAAAGAUAUUAGUUACUGGCGGAUAUAAUGGUACAGAUUAUAUAAAGAGUGUUGAGUUGUACGAUCCAUUAACAGACACUUGGACAUAUACUAGUGAUAUGAAUUAUCAACGAGCAGGGUAUAUCCAAUCUGUCUUAACCAAUGGAAAAGUAUUAGUCGCUGGUGGAUUAGAUGAUACGCAUCUAAAUAGUGCUGAGUUGUAUAAUCCAUUAACACAAACUUGGACAAUUACAAACAACAUGACUCAUGCUCGAUGGACUCCUACAGCAUCUGUAUUAACAAAUGAAAAAGUGUUAGUUGCUGGUGGACUAACUGAUGAUUAUGUCUAUAAUGCAGAGUUGUAUGAUCCAUCAACAGAAACGUGGACAACUACUGGUAGCAUGAAUAUUAGUCGAGAAGAUCACACAGCAUCCAUAUUAAUAAAUGGGGAUGUAUUAGUUGCUGGUGGAUUUAGUGGUGGUUAUCUAACUGCUAGUGCUGAGUUGUAUCAUCCAUCAACAGAAACUUGGAUAACUGCGGGUGAGAUGAAUAUUGGACGCUUUGGUCACACAGCAACCGUAUUAAUAAAUGGAAAGGUGCUAGUUGCUGGUGGAAGUAAUGGUGGAAUUUUGAAUAGUACAGAACUAUAUGAAUCAUUUCAAAUAAACUAA